AAUGAGAGAGAUUUUUGCUUCUUUUUCACCCUUCAUAUUGAAUACGCCAUCAGGAUAAUGUUUUGUGUGCCGUACUUUUGACAGAACUGAGAAGUAGAGCCCGAACUACUUCUUUUAUACUGUCCUAUAACAUGUUAUCCCACUUCCAAAACUAACCACCAUAGUGAUAUAUUGAUAAAUUUCCUCCAUUCCAAUCAUUCAUUUCAUCAUUCUCUUAAAAAUCAAUACAUUCAUUUCAGUGCCCUCUGAAGAAUUAAUGGCUUCCUCCAUAAGUUCAUUUCUCUUUUUUGCUAUGUUUUUCAUGGCAUUUUCCUCUUCAUUCGCCUUAAGAAAGGCAUCCCAGUUGAGUGAACCAGCCUCUACUAUUUCUGCUGCACCUGCAUUAUUGCCUUAUCCUCCAUUAUCUGCACCACCACCAGCUCUAUCACCAGAUAUUGCUCCACUCUUUCCCUCUCCAAGUGGCUCUGAGCUUUCUCCAAGCGAGUCCUCAAUGCCUACCAUACCUUCCAGCCCCAGCCCCCCGAAUCCUGACGUAAUGGCGUCUCCUGGCCCUGGAGUCGCACUUCCGCCAGAAGAGCUCCUGCCGGAUUCCUCUGCAUUGCCUCUAAACUUACAGGUAUCUGUAUGUUUCAUGUUGGCUCUGUCUCUGGUGGCAUUUUGAUCAAUGCAGCUUUCCGGUGCACAAAAUUGAAGGCCAAGGUAUUUUGAUGUUGACAAUUCCAAUUAUUGUUGAAGUUUUUACUUCUUCUAAGGAUUACAUAUAUAUGUGUAGAUUGUGUGUUAUUUGUUGUCAAGUUUAGUACGUAAAGAUUGUUAGUAGAAACUGGCUUGUUGACUUGUAUGGCAUAUUUAUGAAAAUUGAUUGGAAUCCAAUAAAAUAUAUUAGUUCAAAGA